AUGGCGAUGCAAGCGGCCAAGAGAGCGAACUUUCAUUCAGUUUAUCUUUGCAGGGGGAAUACACCUGAGACCAGAGGAACAGCCUAUGUGGUCUAUGAAGAUAUCUUUGAUGCCAAGAAUGCAUGUGACCACCUAUCAGGAUUCAAUGUUUGUAACAGAUACCUCGUGGUUUUAUACUAUAAUGCUAACAGGGCAUUUCAGAAAAUGGACACCAAAAAGAAGGAGGAACAGUUGAAGCUUCUCAAGGAAAAAUAUGGCAUCAAUACAGAUCCACCAAAAUAAGUGUUAUCUGCAUUUUCACUUUGGACUAAAACCUUUUUUUUUUCCUUUUAAUUCUGAUUAUUGUGAUUUCUCAUUUGAGAUUCAAAAUUAUUUGCUUGAAACUUUGAUAUAUACUAGAAUACGUUUAUAAACUUGAAGUGUUUUGUAAAACAUGUCAUUGUUUCCUUUUGAACUUUUCCCUUCUGUUUGAUAUCAGGGAAAAACCAAAAAGUUGACCUACAGGAAAGAUUGUGCGUGGGCCUAUGGACUCUUGAGUUUCUUAAGAGCAGGGACCUUUUUAUAUUAUUAGUGCUCACAGUGUCCAGUCUAGUGAUUAGUCAUUAAAAGAAUUUGUUGUAA